CGUAUAUUAAAAUCCAAUCCAAUGGAGAAACUUCUCGAAUUUGUAUUCUCUCUUUUGCGGUACCUUCUCGUUCUUUCCUCUUCCUCCUCAACUCUAUUCUAUUCUAUUCAAUUCAAUUCAAUAAUAAUUCACCUUCUUUUUCCUUUCUAUAUUUUUUUUUUCUCUCUCUCCCUCCACCAUUUCCAUCCCUACCUUCUUUCAAGUCUGAUCUAUCUUCCUACACGGAACUUUCUGGAAUCCUCAAACCUACUGCUCGAUCUGUCAACAUACAUGCAUUCUCGAAACGCUUGAUUCAUCGCUGCUUCGUGGUGAUUUAUGGCUCCGCCACCGGUGGAUUCGGCUGGAGGGGAUGCGGCUGCUAGAUCUCUUCCGACACCGUUUUUGACGAAAACAUACCAGCUUGUUGAUGAUAAGGCGAUUGACGAUGUGAUUUCCUGGAACGAAGAUGGAUCUACGUUCAUCGUCUGGAAUCCAACUGAAUUUGCCAAGGAUUUGCUACCCAAGUACUUUAAACACAAUAAUUUCUCCAGUUUUGUCCGUCAGCUAAAUACCUAUGGAUUCAGGAAGGUUGUGCCUGAUCGAUGGGAGUUCUCUAAUGAUUGUUUUCGUAGAGGAGAGAAACGAUUGCUGUGUGAUAUACAACGUCGUAAGAUUGCGGCAACUCCAACGACACAACCACUGGUACCUGCUCCAUCGCCCGCUGUUGCAGCUAUUCCGGUGCUGUCUCCGCCGCUUGGAAUGGUUUCUCCUUGCGAUUCAGGCGAAGAACAGGUCGUGUCGUCCAACUCAUCUCGAGGCGCUACAACUAAUUUAUCUCGAGAAACAACAGCUUCCGGAGGAACUAACGCCGAGCUUGUCGGUGAAAACGAGAGGCUAAAGAAAGAAAACGUUGAACUCAAUAAAGAGUUGAGUCAGAUGAAGAAUCUUUGCUCCAACAUAUACGUGAUGAUGUCUAGCUACGCGAAGAAUAAACCGUCGGAAGGAAGCACUUCACAGCAAUCACCACCUGAGCCGGAGGCGGCGACGGCGACGACGACGACGAACACCACCACCACCACCAUGACACCGCUAGAUCUGUUACCUCUAAAGCGGUUAGCCGAUGAGUGUUUAGGUCGCGCCGGCGACGAUGGUGAUUACCUAGAAACAACGGAACCCGAUGAGAUGAGCCCGAGAUUAUUCGGUGUGACAAUAGGUGUGAAACGGUCGAGGGAGGGAGUGUCGGGAGGUGGCGGUGCGGCGGAGCAGUAUAAUGAGCUGCGGCUUCGACAGCCUGGAGGAGACGUGAAAUUUGAGCCGUUGGAUCAAAACGAUAAUGGUAGUAGUAGUGUUGAUAAUCAGGAAUCUACGUGGAUGUUGAGGCAAUGUCAACGGUCAGAUCGUAAUAUGCUUAAUUAGAUCGAAGAAGAGCUUAAUUACGAAGGUGGAAAAAAGUUCACACGAGGAGUGGCACGUGCCAGAUGACUCACGUGGCAUGUUAAUCUCUUCUUGUCGGGAAACGUGGACCAAGUUACCAGAAGUUUCUUGGACUUUUUUGGCCUUUUAAAGUUUUAUCUUUAAAUUGUUAAUUCAAGAAAAUUGUCAUUUUUCUUUUUCCAAAAAGAAUUUAUCUUUUUAUGAAUAUAAGCCUAUUUCAGCUAGUUUGAUUUCA